ACCUUCAUCGCUACAGCUUCAAUUCGUUGGUUUCUAUACCCGUCCCUUCUUUCCUGCACAUUCGUUCAUCAAGUCCGUUCACUGUGUGAAGCCGGCAGACAUUCUUUCAUUCCCAUCGAACAUUCAUUUCCAUCGAACACCUUCAACCUUUCCCAGAUCAUCUCAAUCUACCACAAUGUACAAGACUCUCGCCUCCACCAUCACUGCCAUUGCGGCUCUUGCUGCUACCGCCACUGCCCACGGCUCCCUCACUGGUGUCAGCCUCGAUGGUGUCUACGAGCAGGGCUACCUUAUUGAAUACUACUAUGCCAUGCAGCAAGGCGGCAAGGUCCCUGAGCACCUUGGCUGGUAUGCUGAGAACCUCGACAAUGGCUUUGUAGAGCCAUCAAAGUUCGGCACUGGCGACAUCAUCUGCCACAAGGCCGGUAGCCCCAAGGGUAGCUCAGACACCAUGGGCAAGAUCGCCGCUGGUGGCAAGAUCGACUUCCACUGGAACACCUGGCCCGCAUCCCAUGUUGGUCCUGUUCUCACUUACGCUGCUUCCUACACCGGCGACAUUCAGGCUGUCAAGAAGGAGGACCUUAAGUGGUUCAAGAUUGAGGGUGUUGGUUACGAGAACGGCGAGUGGGCUGCCGUCAAGAUGAUUGCCAACAACAACACCUGGACCACCACUGUCCCCGAGAACCUUGCCGCUGGCAAGUACGUCUUCCGCCAUGAGAUCAUUGCGCUCCACGCCGCUGGCCAGGAGAACGGUGCCCAGAACUACCCCCAGUGUGUCAACAUUGAGGUUACCGGCAGUGGUACCGAGAAGCCCGAGGGUGUUGUUGGCACUAAGCUCUACACUUCCACUGACCCCGGUAUCAAGUUUGACGUCUACCAAAGCAAGUUGGACAGCUACGUCGUCCCUGGUCCUCCUGCCAUGGGCGCUGGCUCCGGCUCCGGCUCCGGCUCCACCCCUGCCCCCUCCAAGCCUGCCCCUUCAUCCACCCCCUCCAGCUCGCCCUCUGCUCCCUCACCGAGCGCGUCUGCUCCUGCUGCUUCUGUCACUCCCGAGGCUCAGAAGCCCUCUCCUUCCACUGCUCCUUCAAGCGGUAACCUCCCCGAGACCUUCACCCUCGACACCUUCAUCACUUGGCUCGAGGGCAAGGCCAGCAGCUCUGCUAGCAAGGCCCGCCGCCACGCUCGCGCUUUCCUGUAAGCGUUUUCAGGAUGGCUUAUCAUUCGUCACGGCGAUGAGAUAACGUGAUGGAAAUUCUUUUGAGGUUCGUUCGUUCGUUGGAUACGACGAGUGCCUUCGAUUCUUUGUGUAUAGUACAUACCCUUUUUUGUAGCAUAGCGCUCUGAACAUAUACCUUUUCGCCACA